UUUUUUUUAUAAUGGAACAUGUGACUGCAGGCCAGAGCAAUCGUCUAUGAUGCCUGCGAGAAGUCCAAAGUAAUCGAGUUAUGAUUUUCAGUGAUUCAGUACUUGUUCUUUUAUUCGUUUCACAUCGUUUAACUUGUUUUCUUUCUAUAUAAAUAGUCAAAAUAAUAUGUUACGAAAUUUUUAAGCGAUGCUAACUAUUGGGGACAACAGCCAAUGUUUAUGAGGUUAUAGAUGUGUAUCCGUUUCAAGCCACUAGAUGUCCCUAUUGAUAUUGCCCCGUGUUCUUCAGGUGUGUUAAACAGCGUAUGAAGGUAUAUGAUGAAACUGAGGUUACAGACCUAGAACUGCAUUCAGAUCAGUAGCUUUUGGUUGACAACAUAUUAUUAUAGAUUUAAACCAGUGUAAACACAUGUUUAGCUGGUUUCCAGGUUAUAGAUUAAGUCUAGUCCUGGACUAAGGGGAUCUUUCAAUAGGGAAUCUCCAUUGAAUCUCCAUGGUUUUUAGUCCAUGACCAGGCAUAUUAAACUGUGCCCUAUUAUUAAACUGACCCUGAAUGUCUUAAUUUGCAAUAUUUUUCUAUUAAUGUAGUCACAGGUCUAACGCUAACUUUUCAUAAGUCCUGUAUUCAUAUUCAUUCAAAUGAUACAGAACGAGGCACAAUGUGAUCAGCGAUAUGAUGUGACACAAAGCACUUUUAUGUUAUUUUUUUCAACUAAAAUGCCUAAACAGUCAACAAACAUAGACAAAUUUUUAUUUAGCCUACAUUAGUUUGUUGUAACUUUAUAACCCAUGUAUAUGGCUUAAACCACUCUAUAAGUACAGUUGAAGUUGGAAGUUUACAUACACUUAGGUUGGAGUCAUUAAAACUUGUUUUUUAACCACUCCACAAAUUUAUCGUGAACAAACUAUAGUUUUGGCAAGUCGGUUAUUACAUCUACUUUGUGCAUGACACAAGUAAUUGUUCCAACAAUUUUUUACAGACAGAUUAUUUCACUUAUAAUUCACUGUAUCACAGUUACAGUGUGUCAGAAGUUUACAUAUACUAAGUUGACUGUGCCUUUAAACAACUUGGAAAAUUCCAGAAAAUGACAGGCUAAUUGACAUAAUUUGAAUCAAUUGGAGGUGUACCUGUGGAUAUAUUUCAAGGCCUCCCUUCAAACCCAGUGCCUCUUUGCUUGACAUCAUGGGAAAAUCAAAAGAAAUCAGCCAAGACCUCAGAAAAAAUAAUCGUAGACCUCCAGAAGUCUGGUUCAUCCUUGGGAGCAAUUUCCAAACGCCUGAAGGUACCACGUUCAUCUGUAUAAACAAUAGUACGCAAGUAUAAACACCAUGGGACCACGCAGCCGUCAUACGGCUCAGGAAGGAGACUCGUUCUGUCUCCUAGAGAUGAGCGUACUUUGGUGCGAAAAGUGCAAAACAAUCCCAGAACAACAGCAGAGGACCUUGUGAAGAUGCUGGAGGAAACAGGUACAAAAGUAUCUAUCCUAUAUUGACAUAACCUAAAAGGCCGCUCAGUAAGGAAGAAUCCACUGCUCCAAAACCGCAAUAUGAGUCUUCCAAAUGGACAAGGACCCCAAGCAUACUUCCAAAGUUGUGGCAAAAUGGCUUAAGGACAACAAAGUCAAGGUAUUGGAGUGGCCAUCACAAAGCCCUGACCUCAAUCCUAUGGAAAAUUUGUGGGCAGAACUGAAAAAGCAUGUGCGAGCAAAGAGACCUAUAAACCUGACCCAGUUACAACAGCUCUAUCAGGAGGAAUGGGACAAAAUUCACCCAACUUAUUGUGGGAAGCUUGUGGAAGACUACCCGAAACGUUUGACCCAAGUUAAACAAUUUAAAGGUAUGUAAACUUCUGACCCACUGGGAGUGUGAUGAAAGAAAUACAAGCUGAAAUAAAUAAUUCUCUCCACUAUUAUUCUGACAUUUCACAUUCUUAAAAUAAAAUGGUGAUCCUAACUGAUUUAAGACAGGGAAUUUUGACGAGGAUUAAAUGUCAGGAAUUGUGAAAGACUUAGUUUAAAUGUAUUUAGCUAAGGUGUGUGUAAACUUCCGACUUCAACUGUAUAAACCAUUAUAAUAAGGUGUAUAGCGUAUAAACAUGUUGUGAUAAUUACAUUGAGCAAAAAUAUUAAUGCAACAUUGACCUCCAUUUGCCUCAUGCAGCGCAACACAUCUCCUACACAUAUUGUUGAUCAGGCUGUUGAUUGUGGCCUGUGGAAUGUUGUUCCAUUACGCUUCAAUGGCUGUGCGAAGUUGCUGGAUAUUGGCUGGAACUCGAACACACCGUCAUACACGUCAAUCCAGAGCAUCCCAAACAUGCUCAAUGGGUGACAUGUCUGGUGAGUAUGCAGGCCAUGGAAGAACUGGGACAUUUUCAGCCUCCAGGAAUUGUGUACAGAUCCUUGCGACAUGGGGCUGUGCAUUAUCAUGCUGAAACAUGAGGUGAUGACGGCGGAUGAAUGGCACAACAAUGGGCCUCAGAGUCUUGUCACGGUAUUUCUAUGCAUUCAAAUUGCCAUAGAUAAAAUGCAAUUUUGUUUGUUGUCCGUACCAUAUGCCUGCCCAUAUCAUAACUCCACCCUCACCAUGGGGCCCCCUGUCCACAACGUUGACAUCAGCAAACCGCUCGCCCACACGCCGCCAUCUGCCCGGUACAGUUGAAAUCGGGAUUCACCCAUGAAGAGCGCACUUUUCCAGCAUGCCAGUGGCCAUUGAAGGUGAGCAGUUUCCCACUGAAGUUAGUUACGAUGCCGAACUGCAGUCAGGUCAAGACCCUGGUGAGGACAUCGAGCAUGCAGAUGAGCUUCCCUGAGACAAUUCCUAACAGUUUGUGCAGAAAUUAUUCGGAUGUGCAAACCCACAGUUUCAUCAGCUGUCUGGGUGGCUGGUCUCAGACGAUCCCGCAGGUUUGAAGUCAGAUAUGGGGGUGCUGGGCUGGCGUGGUUACACGUGGUCUGCGGUUGUGAGGCCGGUUGGACAUACUGCCAAAUUCAAUUCUCUGGAAACAGCUCUGGUGGACAUUCAUGCAGUCAGCAUGCCAAUUGCAUGCUCCAUCAAAACUUGAGACAUCUGUGGAGUUGUGUUGUGUGACAAAACUACACAUUUUAGAGUGGCCUUUUAUUGUCCCCAGCACAAAGUGCACUUGUGUAAUGAUCAUGCUGUUUAAUCUGGUUCAUGAUAUGCCACACCUGUCCAGUGGAUGGAUUCUUUUGGCAAAGAGAAAUGCUCACUAACAAGGAUGUAAACAAAUUUGUGAACAAAAUUUGAGAGAAAUAAUAUUUGUGUGCAUAUGGAACAUUUCUGGUAUAUUAUGUUUCAGCUCAUAAAUCAUGGGACCAACACUUUACAUGUUGCGUUUAUAUUUUGUUAUUCAGUAUAGAUUACAGUAGCCUACUGUAGAGGCGUGGUCGAGCCAGUCUAUAUAAAUCGUGACGCCUUUAGUCUGGCGCUCCUUCUACUCGUCCCGACUCUGCAAAGGCUGUGUUUGUGUGCGCCACCGUAAGCCGCUACCCGAGACGCGCCCGGCAUCUUGAAUAAGAAAGUCCUACUGAGAAAAGACAUAGGCCUACUAGGAACUUUUUAAGGGUAGCAAUAUCGAGUACGUGGACAAGAUAUAGGAAAACGAUAUACAGUGAUUUUUGCAGAAUUACAGUUGGUGGUGAUUUGAAGUUCGAAGACAUGAGGAUUCUACGAGUUGCGCUCCUGCUCGUCCAUGCAUUUGUGGUCUUGAGGUUGGUGAGCGGAGCUGUGGUGGACAGGUAUGAGAGUGAGAGGCCACCGCAGCACACAGCAUUUAUCAACCUGUUGGAUGUCCUGAGAGACAGCAGGAUGGAGGGAGGGAUGGAGAAGAGUAAUCACGGAGUGGAGGGUCCAGUGUUGGAGGAUGAGGAGUACUAUGAUUACUACCAUGAAGAUGAAGAAGAUGCCUCAGGGGAAUAUGAGGUGGAAUUACCUCGAGUUGCAUUGUCGACUAAACCUCAAGACCCAUCGGCCAUCUUGGAAGCUGAGAGGAGUGAGGGGAAGAGGAGGAGAGGAAAGGGGAGGAAGAAGGGAAAGGGAAAGAAGAGGAACCCUUGUCUGAAGAAGUAUAAGGACUUCUGUAUCCAUGGCAGCUGUCAUUACCUGAGGGACAUCAAAGCUCCGUCAUGCAUAUGUCGUCCCAGUUACUCUGGGGAGCGGUGUCACCUGUUCACGCUGGCUUCAGAGGGGAGGGACGUGGGAGGAUACAGCAGGACCACAGCUCUGGCUGUGGUGGCAGUGGUGUUGUCCUCUGUCUGUCUCACCAUCAUAGGCCUGCUGCUGGUGCUCAGGUUUCACAAGAGAGGAGCGUACGACGUAGAGCAUGAGGAGAAGGUGAAACUGGGAGCAUCGCCCAACCACUGAAGAGCUGGAGAGAAGGGACAGGAUAGGGAAAUUCUACCUCAAAAUAGAAAAGAAGAAGUGGAAAUAAGCCAAGCGAUAACCCAGAGAGACUUGGUAUGGCAGAGAGGGGGACUGGAUGGCCGUGACCUGGACACAUAGCCCCACCCCAUCUCACUGAUGAACAGAUGUGAUUGGGUAGCUCGAUUCUGCGGUAAGCCCUGCAACCUAUCAGGAGAGAGCCUGGCUAAAACUGGAACUCUGAUUGGCUGGGAGAAAAGACUGGAGUGGUGAUAACAAUAUGGAAGCUGAGAUGAAGAGAAGGAACAUUUCUGGGCCCGUAUCCACAAAGUGUCUCGAGAAAGGAGAGCUGAUCUUGGAUCAGUUUUGCCUUUAGGUCAUUGUGAAUAACAUUAUAUUGACAGGCCUAUAUCAGCAGACUCCUAUCAGAGAUGCUUUGUGGAAACGUCCCUGGAUUCAGUGCUGCUUCUUGGCUAUGUUAAAAAGACUACCAGGAGUCUCAGCCUAAAAGGACACCAUCUUCUCUUCAUCUGCCAGAAACAGACCGAACCCUGGUCUUUCUUCAACAGGACUGUUUUUACCAAUCAGCAUUUUGUAUUUUCCUUCACAUGCUCAUUCUUUGUCGUUUUCUAGUGUACUGUAAAACUUUUAUUUAUAUCAUAUAUUUGUCUUUUAAUUUAUUUAUUGAUGUGAUGUUGCUAUAUUUAUGCAGAUAUUUAACUCCUUCUUCCACCCAAAGAUGCACUUCCAGUUUGUAAAGGUUAUCUAUAAGGUCAUCUUUGUGUUUUUAUAUUUAAAUGUUAAAUAAUAUUUAUUGAUGAAAAUGAAGAUAAAAUGAAUAAAAAAUGUACAGUAUAUUUGGAGAAAUAGACAUUUGAACGUAAGCGUCCUCUUGGUCUCAUAGAUUUACCUGAUUACUGACUUUGAUAUCAGCACUCUGUGUACAGGCUGCUCAGAACACACACCACUGUGAUUAGUUGGUUGAUUGAUUGAUUGAUUCAAUAAACAACAGUGUGGUGUACUAUACCAAUGUACCACUGACAGGUCUCUCUGUGUGUACCAUUAUGACGUGGUUGCAUUGGUCUUCUGUGUUUGACUCUGAAGAAGACAUACAAAACAUCCAGACAUAGAAGUGAAUUGAAUAGAAAUUACUCUACUCUAGAAUCCCAAAAUAUAGAAUAUAGGAAAUAUUAUAGAAUGUUUAUAAUCUAGAAUCCAGUUGAAAUAUUUCUGUAUUACAAUCAGGAUGUGGAAUAGAUCCAACGUAAACUCUGGUGCCUUGUCGAGUCCAGUCAUUGUAGCGAGUGUUGGAAGAUAGAAACUUACACAAGUGGUGUAGUUUUAUUGUCUUUGAGAAAUGAGUAGGACAUAAAUCUCCCAAAAUGUUAUCUCCAAUUUCUGUUAUUUAUUUCUGUUACCAUGCCAGUUGUGUUGUCUUGUUUUAGCAUGGUGGGUGUGGUGAUGGAUAUACUAUAGUUACUGUAAUAUGGUUAUUUACUGUACUGUAAUAUACACUGAGAUCCAUACUAAGAUCAUGAUGAAAUGUGAAUUCAUUCAAGUGUUCAGCCUUUUUAAAAACGAAUAACCCUCCUUGAGAAAAACAUCCUGGACACAACCUGCAGUUUUGAAGUGAUUUCUAGUCAAAAAAAAUGUUUUUCUUCUCAGAAAAUAAAGUUUUUUUUUC